ACUUAUGUGGUAGUCUACCGGCAGAGGGUGACCGACCAUUGGCACUCCACUGGCGGGAGACUACGAGGUCAAAGUCCUUAAUUCUAUUUAGUCAUAUCGAUCAUUGUCAUGAGAAUGGGCGACAGGUGGUCGUGGAAGCUUGAAGGUCAAAGGUCGUGGAUGGCUUUUCUGGACGAACAAUGGUGUCCGUAAUUCUGGAUAUAAAAUCCCUUCAACACUUCAGUUGAUUCAGAGUAAUCGAUUCGAUAUUUUGCUUGACGCGCCCGUGGUCAUGGAUUCAAAGUCUGCUCAAAGCUUCCAAGUACUUUUAGACAACGAUCCUACCUCGUCUGCAAACACAUCCCAAGAACUCACUGGUUAUGGUGAUAUCUCCCAAUCAGAGAUCAACUUCCUGCCCAGUUUGCCUUCCGAAAUAGUCAUCGAAAGGGCUCCCUCGUACCGCCGUAAUGCUAAACGACCCUUACCCCCUACAAUUUGCAAGAACAUGACGACAGAAUCUGAGGAAUUUGAUGGCCUUUCGGCUGUGCUUGACAACCUACGGACCGAGCGGGAGAAUAGCAUGUCUCAAGGCCGCAAACCAUCUCAGCCAUCUGUCAAGGCGGGCAUCGAACAGCCUAAAUUUACGACUCGAAGGAUACCAGCACCUCUGCAAAUUAAUAACUUCAACGGAGCUCACCGAGUGUCGGCAAAUCCGCCCUCACGCGUCUCUCCAGCCAGACCUUUCCGGGGUAAUGCGCCAUUGCCUCGAAGGUCUCCUUUACCCCGGUGGGACUUGCUUGAUCCAGACGUGUAUCUCGAAGGGAAACAGUACAAAAUACGUUCCUCGCAUAGUAGUUAAUACUAAUGAAUAGUGGACAUGGGGGUUUUCUACAUUCCGCACGGACAGUAUGUGUGUAUGUAUUUUUUCUGCGAUGAUCCACCAUGCGCACUGAACAAGCGCUAAAUAUUCAUGGGCAUCUCAACUUGGAUCCAAUUGAGACAUACUCGACAAUUUGAUUUAUUUCACAAAGCUGAUUGUACAUAGGCAC